UAUUCUAUAUGGAAAGAAUACAUUUGUAGUCUACCUACUUUAUUAUUUUUUAAGUUUCUAACAAUGUAAAUAAAAUAGUUAUUAAGUGUUUUUUCUUACUAAGCGAAAGUGUUUUUAGAAAAAAUGUUAAGAACAACACGAAUUUUCUGCUUCAAACAUCAAGGAGCUUUCAAUUUUCAAACCGGAAAUCAGUGUUUAAAUUGUACAAAAAUAACGAGGGAGGAUUUUUCCGAGAAACUGUCAAAUGGACCGCAAUUGGAAAAUUUUUUAUCAGACGAACCAGUAAUAAAGUAUGAGGGUAAAUUGAAAUUGGAGAAAGGCGAUAAUACAAGAUUAAGAUUACCGCCAUGGCUAAAGAGAGAGAUACCAAUGGGAGAGAAUUACAGUCGAAUAAAAUCGCAAUUACGUGAUUUGAAAUUAAGUACAGUUUGCGAGGAGGCGAGAUGUCCAAAUAUUGGCGAAUGUUGGGGUGGAGGAAGUCAUGGAACAGCGACUGCAACAAUUAUGUUAAUGGGCGACACUUGCACUCGAGGUUGUCGAUUUUGUUCCAUAAAAACGGCGAAAAUUCCGCCACCGUUGGAUCCAAAUGAACCGAAAAAUACGGCCACUGCGAUCACUGAUUGGGGCCUCGAUUACGUUGUUCUUACUUCCGUCGAUCGGGAUGAUUUAGAUGACGGAGGAGCGCAACACAUCGCAAAUACUGUGCGAGAAAUUAAAAAGAGGAGCAACAUUUUGGUUGAAUGUUUAGUUCCCGAUUUCCGAGGGAAUCAGGAUUGUGUCACGACUGUUGUUGAUUCGAAACUCGAUGUUUUUGCUCACAAUAUCGAAACUGUUGAGCGACUCACGCCCUUUGUUCGCGAUAGACGUGCACGAUACAGACAAUCACUCGCUGUGCUGGAGGGUGCGAAAAAGGUGAAUCCUAAUUUAAUAACAAAAUCAUCAAUAAUGUUGGGCCUAUCGGAAACUGAUCAGGAAGUUGAGCAAACAAUGAGGGACUUACGUGACGCCGGUGUCGAUGCAUUGACACUUGGACAAUAUAUGCAACCGACAAAGCGUCACUUGAAAGUCAUUGAAUACGUAACACCGGAGAAAUUUAAAGCUUGGGAAAAUGUUGGCAAUCAAUUGGGAUUUCUCUACACGGCCAGUGGGCCUUUGGUUCGUUCGUCUUAUAAAGCCGGCGAAUUUUUCCUUACAAACAUUUUAAAGGAACGACAACAGAAGCAAAGUGGAGAAAAUAAAAUCUCUCCUUAAAAUAUAAAUUUCUUCUAUUUUCGUGAAAAGAAAAUGAAAAAAGAACGGAAAAUACCAAAUUUAUAUGUAAAUAGAACCAAAAAAGGUAGUUGAAUAAAUAAUAUUACUCACUCCUAUAAAUCAACUUCUAAAUUUAAAACUAGAUUAUUAAUACGUAUUCUUUGUAGUAAAAUAUUAAAUAAGUAGUAAAUGUUACUUUGUUGUCCGUAUAAACGGAGAACUGUGAAUAAAUAACAGGCUUCGCACUAAUCUACUACAA